AGUUCGUUUUCCUGUUAUUUUCAGAGACGACAAUAUAUUGAGUAUAAUAAUAAUAUUGUGGGUGAAAAAUAAAAGUCAAAGUACUAAGCGGUUACUUGAAUAAAAAAUCAAUUCUUGUGGACGACUGAAAACUCUCCUGCAAGUUUAAGGAUCGGCAGUACUCUCUAUUUAAAAAAUCUCAUAGAUUCCAAUAAAUUCCCAGAGGUUUUAUGAUAAUCAAUGAAUUCUAUGAGAAAAUUCUGUAGUCAAGUACAGGCCUGACAUGUACAGCUAUGAGAAUCUAUCAUUUUUUUAAAGCAGAGAACCGAAUUGCCUAAUUUCAGAUUUCUAAUUACGAGUUAAGGCUGGGGGCAAUGGAUAGUCAAAUUACUGGAGAUGGCAGACUUUUAGAAUUAAUUGAUGAAGCUUGGAGAAAAGAACGACUACCUAUUGAUGAUAUAGUCGUUCCAUCAUCAGAAUUACCAGAUCCUGAAAGUGAUAAUGGAGAUUCGCAUAUGACUCUGAGAGAGUUAGAACAAAAGUGGAGCAAUUUAGCCCUUGGCACAUUUAGUGAAAAUCAUUUUCACUCACCUACUCCUUCACACAAUUAA